CACCCUAGAUUCCCGAGCAAUUUCCCCAAUCCCAAACACUUAAUUGAGCAAUUGAGAUUCCUCACGUGUGGGCUGAUUUGUAGUUUGAACACGUGGCUCAUUCAAUAAGCCGGAAUAGCAGUGGAUUUUUCUCUCCCCCCUUCUUCUGCUUUUUCUUAUUAUUAUUCUAUGCCCUGGACUUACAGGCGGGCGCCAGCCUUACCGUGCGUGUGACAUCCUCUGUCUGUUUGCCAAAACGGUUUGGGGGAAGACACAAAGUAGUUUGUCCUUUUUUUUGCACAGCCCGCCAUCGUUCGGAGACGCGAGAUUAAUAAUUGAGCGUUUAUUUAUUGCGUUGUACAGGGAGAGAGAGAGAGGGAGAGAGUGAGCAAGCGAGAGAGCGAAAGAGAGAGAGAGAGCGAAGGGGCGAAGGAGCGGAGCGCAAACGCACCGCGAGGCUGCCAGUUUAAAUCUAUCUGUGGCUCCAACGACCGGGAAGCACGCCACGGCCGCUCCGUAGUGAGUAGUGAAGGCGAUUUAGGCUGCUACUCCCAACAGUGCACACCCGUGCGCGCAUAUACCUGAGUGUCGCUCAGCGCGGAAGCAAUUGUCUUUUUUCGGGCGCAAAACAACAUGAAUAAGCUAUACAUCGGCAACGUGAGCGCACAAGCGACCGAGGAGGACUUCGAAAGUAUCUUUGAGCAGUGGAAGAUUCCGUACGUACGUCCGUUUCUCCUUAAAAGUGGCUAUGCCUUUGUGGAGUGCCAGGACGAGAAGGCUGCGAUGAAGGCCAUCGAUGUACUUUCAGGUAAAGUUGAACUCCAUGGACAAGUUCUUGAAGUUGAGCACUCGGUUUCUAAACGUCAAAGGAACUGUAAACUGCAGAUCAGGAACAUCCCUCCUCAUAUGCAGUGGGAGGUUUUGGACAGUACGCUUGCUCAGUACGGAUCAGUAGAGAGCUGUGAACAAGUCAACACUGACACAGAGACCGCAGUCGUCAAUGUCCGAUAUUCAACCAAGGAUCAGGCCAGACUGGCAAUUGAAAAGCUAAAUGGAACUAUGAUGGAGAAGUACGCCUUGAAAGUGUCCUAUAUCCCAGAUGAAAAGGCCGGACCAGAGGGUCCUCCGGGGGUGGGCAGGAGAGGCUUCAACGCACGGGGACCUCCUCGUUCUAGCUCUCCGUGUCUUGGUGCCCGACCUAAAGUGCAGUCUGACGUCCCUCUGCGCAUUCUAGUCCCAACACAGUUUGUCGGUGCUAUCAUUGGCAAGGAGGGCGCCACCAUCCGCAACAUCACUAAACAAACGCAUUCAAAGAUUGACAUACACAGGAAGGAGAACGCCGGUGCAGCUGAGAAGCCCAUCACCAUUCACUCCACCCCAGAGGGAUGCACCAGCGCCUGUAGAACCAUCAUGGAAAUCAUGCAGAAGGAAGCCAUCGAUACAAAGUUUACUGAGGAGAUGCCACUGAAGGUCCUUGCACACAACAACUUUGUCGGAAGACUAAUUGGAAAGGAAGGGCGCAACCUCAAGAAGAUCGAGCAGGACACUGGGACCAAGAUCACAAUCUCACCAUAUCAUGACCUGACCGUGUAUAACCAAGAGCGGACCAUCACAGUGAAAGGCAACCUGGAAGCGUGCACCAAAGCUCAGGAGGAGAUGAUGAUUAAGAUCAGGGAGGCGUACGACAGCGACAUGGCUGCUAUGAAUCUUCAGUCCAACCUGAUUCCUGGUUUAAAUCUAAAUGCUUUGGGUCUCUUCCCAACUGGAACACCAGGCAUGAGUCCCUCUGUGUCAAGCGUCCCCUCUUCAGGAGCCCAGGGUGGAUGUUCAUUUGGACAGGGACAUCCAGAGUCUGAGACGGUUCACCUGUUCAUCCCUGCCCUUGCUGUCGGAGCCAUUAUCGGAAAACAGGGUCAACACAUCAAACAGCUGUCCCACUUUGCUGGAGCCUCGAUAAAGAUUGCCCCUGCAGAAGGAAUGGACUCCAAAUUAAGAAUGGUCAUCAUCAAUGGACCUCCAGAAGCUCAAUUUAAGGCUCAGUGUCGCAUCUUUAGCAAACUGAAGGAAGAGAAUUUCUUUGGACCUAGGGAAGAGGUGAAGCUGGAGGCUCACAUCAAGGUUCCCUCCUGUGCUGCUGGACGCGUUAUCGGGAAAGGCGGAAAAACUGUGACUGAUCUUCAGAACAUGUCUUGUGCAGACGUAGUAGUGCCCAGGGACCAGACGCCUGACGAGAACGACGAUGUUGUCGUCAAGAUUAACGGUCAUUUUUUUGCGUGCCAGCUGGCUCAGAGAAGGAUCCAGGAAAUUCUCUCCCAUGUGAAGAGGCAGCAGCAGCAGCAGACCAAGCCCACACCAUAACCCCAGCCCCCAGUACCCCGCAGGAAGUAAAGAUCCAGCGGACCAGGAGGGAUGGUGACUCGAUCUGCCAGAAGACCCUACAGAGGGACAGAUGCCGUAGAGUCCAGGGGGGGAGAGAAGACGAGGGGUUGAAAUGAUCAUCUCAGGGGUCAGAGGUUACCACCAGGCACCCAGCCUCUCUUUGUCUUUCUUGAACUCUGCAGGGUGGCUACAGCAGAGACAUUUGACCUCUAAAAACUCUAGCCAGCCCACUUCUCUGCAUCUCUGCGGUGGGGAAGAAGGACUUUAGAGGGCUCCCACCAAUGUCACCUGUCCUCGCACCCCGUGACCGUUCUUCUCCUCCACUCUUGGGUGUUUAAAAUGUUUUUGGGUUGUUUUUUUACAUUAGAAAUGCCUAGAAGAAAUAAGGAGCGCCCUCCCAUCACCCCCUCUGGUGUGGUACUUCAAACCUGAUGUUUUUUGGUUGACUUCACAUUUAGUUGACACUUGAUUUUCCUUCUUUUCUUUUUGUUUCCCCUUGUUGAUGAUGUUUGAUUGGUUGAUGAAGCUUUCUCAUGAGUUUUGUUUUUUCUGUGGAAAGGAAAAGGCAUUUCUAUCAAGGUCCCCGUUGGACAAGCAGAGAGGUUUAUUUUGGGGGAGAUUUGGCUCAGAUGGGUUGGGCCAUGGUUGGGGUGAAGAUUCUUGUUUCAGGAUAAAGACCCUUGAAGGGGUGAAUUAUACUGGGCUCUCUGCCCUCGUAAUGAUAGUGGCAUUUUAUAAAAUUGGAUGCAUUUUAUAGAUAGACCUAUAUAGAUAGAUAGAUGAAAAUAUAUAUACGAAUAUAUAUAUAUGUGUGUAUAUAUAUAUAUAUAUUUAGAGUUCAGGGCAGCACCACGACUGGCACUUAGGGAAACGGUGCCGAGCUGCUGCUGCCCCGGAAAAUCAAUUUAAAUAUGCAUUUUACGUAACUACCUCAGGAUCUCGUACCUCAGAAGAGAAGAAAAAUGAUUAUAUAUAUAUAUGAAAAUGUUUCUUUUCUUUUUUUUUAUUUUGCUUUUGUGGUAUUUUGUAUACUUUAUAAAGCUGAUAGUCUUUGAACAUUUUUAUUUUUUUAAGAAAAUUUAAAAUGUGGUCAGCUGCCAACUGACCUUGCUUUCAACUCUGGUGCUUCAGGUGGCAUUGUACAUGUGUGUGUGACUGAAAAGAUUGACCCUGUACAUAAAGUCUAUUUGUACAUGGCGGCGCCAGAGCGAGAGUUGGCACCCCCUCAGCUGGCGGCUGACAGGAGUUACCAGAGAAUAUGGCCUCAGUUUUCUCCCCUGGGGGGUCCACCAUCUUCUGAAAAAAAAAAAAAAAAAAAAAAAAAAAAAAAAAAAAACUAAGACACGAUGCUAACCAUAAAUAAUAGCAGCAAUGCCUUUUUAGUUUUGAGGUUGACAUGGUUAUCGUCGAUGGUACUUUAGUUUGUGUAAAUUUCCUUUUCUCUACCAGGCUCAUGGACGUGGACUGAUGGUCCUCUGUAGUGGCUCCAGAAACUGCAGUGUCCACCUGUUGUCACCACAUUUUUGACUAAUGUCUUAAGUAAAUAAGGUCCAAGCCUGACUUUAGGUUUAAUUUCAUAGAGCAGGCUUCAUCAUUUCAAAAUGACACUGGUCAUUAACUUAGUAUUAACAUCACUCACUGCAUGGUCAGGGCCGAGGGGAGUCGCACUGAUACAUCCUUAGUUAUUUUUUUUUUCUCCUAUUUUAUGCUUUAGCAUAAUGAUUUGAAUAAAAAUUGACAUUUUUCUGUAGCCCAAAAAAAUGCAACGUGAUGCUUCAAUUUAUUAGUGCAGGGAAAAUAGGCCAGAAAUAGGCACCAAACUGACUGAACCCAGACUUAAGGCUGAGAAUUAAGGAGAUAAAUCAAAUGCACCUACAGCUGACUUCAUUUGUCUCUGCAGUGCUGAAUGUAAAUAUAUUGAUUGUGGUAAAAGUGCUUGAGUGUAUCCAUGCUUCCACAGUAGAACGCCGUCUACCUCAGCUGAGGGGGUCUUUGGCGAAGGGGAAGGGGUUUCGUUGCAGCCCCAGUUGCCGCCCUCUCCCUUCCUUGCCCCCACUGAGCGCCAGCGCGCACCGUUACCUCAGUCCCCUGAACACUUCUGUUGACAUGGGCGCGCCAUACUACCACCAGGCUUAACUGAGGGGCACAAGUGAUACUUAAAACCAUCCCUGACUCCUCCGGCUUUCUAACUGCCAAACCACCCCCCCUGCCCUCUUGCCCCUCAUCCUCCUCGUCCACACUUUGUUUUGAUCUACCUCUUUAGACACAUAUUUGAAGCAGAGGCAUUCUUCUAUUUGUUCGCCUUUAGUCCGCCUCCAGCCUUUCUCUUUUACGCCUCUUCAUGUGUCCCCUACAAAUGAAUGGAAACUUAAACUGACCCCGUGUUAUUCUCUAGAUUUGGAAAUGAUAGAAAGUGAUCAAAUUUCCUUUUGUGCAAGUGUUUAUAUAUACUCUCUUUUUGGCUUAAUUCUGCUUUCUGUUUUUGGUGGAGUGGCUUACAUGUAUUUGGACUUUUGCUUGGGU